CCUGCUGUGCCAGCGCCCGCCGCAGCCUGAAGACCAACCUCUGCAAGUGGUGCGACUCCACGCCACCGGCCUGUGAGGAGAAGGUGUGCUACAGCAACUGCAACCUCAACUCCUACUGCGAGGACCCCUACGAGAUCUGUGUGGCCAUAUGGAGACAGGACAACGAGAGCAUCAGGAUCAGCACGCUCUGCCACAACCCCCACCGGCCCAUCGAGAACCUCAUGGUCCCCAACUACAACACCUCGCGCUGCAUCAUGACCCACCAGCCCAGCGAGGAUGGGAUAAUCUACAUCUGCGGCUGCGUGGAUGAGCAGGAGUGCAAUGAUAAACUUAUCUUUGAAAACCACACCAAUGUCGGCCUCCUGCCCCCGCUGCUGGUGGCGGUGAUGAUCACAGGGAUAUUCUACCUCUGCCGCACACAGAAGCGACGCAAGAGAACCAAGGCCUGGGGUGGGAAGACGGGGCGGCCCGCGGCGCUGUCGGAGCCGGGGAGGUCGGCCGAGCGGGAGGAGAAGCUGUCGGUGCUGCUGGAUGAGAACCCAACUGGUGCCAACCCCGCCUGCGCCAGCAGCCACCCUGCCGAGCUGCUCCCCAUCGAGCUGGACGAGAUGGAGGGGCAGUUCGCGGAGGUGUGGAGGGCCAAGCUGAGCCACAGCCGCUCGGGGCAGUAUGAGACGGUGGCUGUGAAGAUCUUCCCCUGCGAGGAGUACUCCUCCUGGAAGAACGAGAGCCAGAUCUUCACCGACCUGAUCACCGCCUACCACAGCCGGGGAAACCUCAAGGACUAUCUCUCCCAUCACGUCCUGAGCUGGAUGGACCUGCAGAAGAUGGCAGGCUCUCUGGUGAGCGGGGUUGCCCACCUCCACAGCGACUAUACCGCCUGCGGCAGGCCAAAAAUCCCCAUCGCCCACCGCGACAUCAAAAGCACCAACGUGCUGGUGAAGAACGAGCAGGAGUGCGUGCUCUGCGACUUCGGCAUCGCCAUACGCCUCGACCCUUCCCUGACGGUGGACGACUUCGCCAACAGCGGGCAGGUGGGCACCGCCAGGUACAUGGCCCCAGAGGUCCUGGAGUCCAGGGUGAACCUGGAAGACCUGGAGUCCUUCAAGCAGAUGGACGUUUACUCCAUGGCCCUCGUUUUGUGGGAAAUGGCUUCCAGAUGUGAAGUGGUAGGAGAGGUAAAGAAUUAUGAGCUUCCUUUUGGGUCGAAAGUCCAGGAGCAGCCCUGUGUGGACACCAUGCGGGACAUCGUGCUGCACGGCAGAGGACGCCCCGAGAUCCCGAGCAGCUGGCUGGUGCAUCAGGGAAUGCAUUUUCUGUGUGACACCAUCACUGAGUGCUGGGACCACGACCCCGAGGCUCGCCUCACCGCCCACUGCGUGGCCGAGCGCUUCAACCUGAUGGCACAGAUGGAUUGCGAUGACAUCCUCAACAACAACACGGACAACGAGAGCAGCAAAACAGCUUCUCCAGGCGGGGAGCACCAGGACAGUGAUGGGAGCACAAAUAUGCAGUGACACAGCCGGCAAAAAGCCUUAUCGUGGGAAAUGAGAACAUAUGUGAGAAGUGUUUAGCUCAUUAGGAAACACCCUCACUUCAUUUUUCAAAAAUGGAACUAAGAUCUAGUACAUAACUUAUUUAUAAGAUCUGUUUCCUCCCACAGAUACAGUCAACUGUGGAAUCAAUACUUUGGUUAAAGUGCAACAUUAUAUAUGAACUGAUUUUGUACUUUACUUUAAAUGCAUAAUGAUGCAAAGCAUUACUUUUAUUAUUUUUUAAAAUAAUAACGUUUAAUCUUUUAUUAAUAAGCA